AUGCCGCUGCGCUGCCUUUCCGAAAAGGCGAAAACCACCGGCUGGCUCCGCGCUGCAGUCGCUGGCCGGAUUCCGGAUUCCAGGCACCAGGCUCCACUCGAGGUCGAGGCGACGGCGGUUGGCGGACGAGACGACGGCAUCCAGCCACUGGGCAAGGCAGCUGCCAUGCCACUGAUUCUAUUCUCUCGUAUCACGAGCCCGAUGCGUGCGGCAGAAGCACCCCGCACCCCCUUGGCGGCUAGGCAGCACAGCACAGGUUCUCGCAUCCUGUUCGCGGCGGUGCCCCUCAGAAUGGGGUACGCGCGGCCGGUGCCGUCGCCUGCGCCGCCGGCGCCCGUAAUGGGCAUGUGGAGCAGCGAGCCGUUCAAGGUCGACAGCGGCGGCCACGCCACCAGCGCGUCCACCGUCAUGGAGGCCGACACCAAGUUCGAGACGAGGCUAGAAGACGUUCCACAGGUAGCACUUGAGCCAGGAAGAAGUACAGACCAGGAAACAAGCAAGCCGCCAGAGAGGGUCCUGAGAAGGCUCGCGCAGAACAGAGAGGCUGCUCGGAAGAGUCGACUGCGGAAAAAGGCCUACGUCCAGCAGCUCGAGACAAGCCGGAUGAAGCUGGCCCAGUUAGAGCUGGAGCUUCAACGGGCUCGGCAGCAGGGUGCAUAUGCAAAUGGGAACAUGGGAGACUCAGCUCUCGGUUAUACAGGGUCGAUAGAUCCAGGUGUCACCGCGUUCGAGAUCGAGUACAGCCACUGGGUGGACGAGCAGAAGAGGCACACGGCGGAGCUGAUGUCGGCGCUCCAGGGGCAGCAGACGUCGGAGCUGGAGCUAAGCAUGCUGGUGGAGACGGGGCUCAACAACUACGAGCACCUUUUCAGGAUCAAGGCGAUGGCCGCCAACGUGGACGUGUUCCACGUCAUGUCGGGCAUGUGGAAGACGCCAGCCGAGAGGUUCUUCCUCUGGAUCGGCGGGUUCCGGCCGUCGGAAGUCCUCAAGAUCCUGAGCCCGCAGCUGGAGCCGCUGACGGAGCCGCAGCGCAAGCUGGUGGGCGGCCUCCAGCACACGUCGACGCAGGCGGAGGACGCCCUUUCGCAGGGCAUGGAGAAGCUGCAGCAGAACCUCGCGGAGACCCUGACGGCCGAGGCUGACCCGUUCGGCCCCCCCGACGCCUACAUGCUGCAGAUGGCCACCGCGGUGGACAGGCUGAAAGGGCUCGUCGGCUUCGUCACCCAGGCGGACCAUCUCCGGCUGACGACGCUGCAGCAGAUGCAGAAGAUCCUGACGACGCGGCAGGCGGCCAGGGGCCUCCUGGCGCUGGGCGACUACUUCCAGCGCCUCCGCACGCUGAGCUCGCUGUGGGCGGCGCGCCCGCGGGAGGCGGCGAUUAGCUAG